UAUUCCAUCCCCUCCGUCCAUGAAGCCUUUAUUAGUCCGGAUCGUUUGGAUCUUAUCUCGCAUAUGACACUCUGGAUGAGGGGGAACGGAGAAGCUGGAUUAUCCUCGACCUGCCUUCCGAUCCGCCGCUUCCUUGACAAGGAAGAGCCUCGCUUAUCUCGCCCCUUUAUCCCCAUCUUCCACAGGCGGAUGGACGAGUAGCCCUGGCUGCACUUUCACCACAAUCUGCCCAUCUCCUCCAUUGUCUCUGCGCCGCACGCGGAGGGCUCACUGAUCCCCUCUUAUCAGCAUCAGUAUCAUCAUCCUCAUCUGAACCGCACGAGCUGAUCAAAACAAGACUUCUGGAUCCAGACUUUUUCUUUUUUGUUUUGAAUCUGCAGAUAUUUGCACGCCUGACGUCUGACCCUUGCGUGAUGCUCACGUUGCAAGUUUACAGCUGAAAAAGUGAAAGUAUUUUUCUCCCCUUUUUUUAAAAAAAAAAACUUAAUUUUAGUUUCCGCGCACCUGAAGAGCCACCUCUGUCACACCUGGUGCUUGUUUGGUUUGUUGGAAUAUGAGUUAAAUUGGAGUUGAGUCUAAUCACAAGAAAAAUCCUUUAAAAAUUUGCCUCCCAACUAUUUACCAAGGUUUCUACGGAAGAGAAACUGCCGACGCCAGAGUCUAAAAAUGAUGCUGAGCCCGGAUCAGGCUGAGGCGGACCUCUCCUGGACUCAGUCCGACCCGGAGACCAUGCUCAACGGCCUCAAGUCGGCCGGCUGCACCUCGGACGAGCCGGCGGAGGGCGAGGAGAGAGGGGGCAAAUGCAAAGCCGAGCAGCCGCUGAGCAGAGAGGAGAAGCGGAGGAGACGAAGGGCCACGGCCAAGUACCGCUCGGCCCACGCCACCAGAGAGCGGAUCCGGGUGGAGGCGUUCAACGUGGCCUUCGCGGAGCUGAGGAAAUUACUCCCCACUUUGCCCCCCGACAAGAAACUCUCCAAGAUUGAGAUCCUCAGACUGGCUAUCUGCUACAUCUCAUAUCUCAAUCACGUGCUGGAUGUCUAAAGUCAGAUAAAACGGUGUGUUUGGGUGGAGGCUGGACUCGUGCGCGUGCUGGUCGUCAUUUAGGGCAAAGGUGGCAGUGGGUGGACUGAUGCGGGAGAUGUUUUCUUUAAGAAGAUGCGCAGUAUUUUUAAAGCUGAUAAGGUUGAAAUAAUAAUAAGAAAUAAAAAGAAAAUGGGGAAUUUUACAAUCUGAAAUAACCUCCACGUGACUUUUAACCCCAAUGAACAUUUGAAUUAUUCCCGAAAAAAAAACACUUUCCACGACGAACCAGAUUCAUCCAUCACCACCUGUGACACGACUAGCUCCAAAUUUAAUUUAUUUGAAUUAUAAUCAGUAGAAAUAAAACAUGCUC